UGAAAAUAAGGGGCAGAGAGAAAUUCUCUUCAGUGUUUGCAUUUACCAGUACACACACACUUGUGUCUUACUGUCCAAAGAAAAACAAAAAUGUGCUCUUGAUGAGCACAGUUCACAAGGCAGCCACAGUCAGCACAGGGGAAGACAGGAAGCCAGAUGUAAUCCUGGAUUACAACAAGACGAAAGGUGGAGUGGACUGCCUUGACCAGAUGGUCGCUGCUUACACAUGUAAGCGCAAAUCCAACCGUUGGCCCAUGGUGGUCUUUUCAAACAUGCUGGAUGUGUCAGCCCUGAAUGCCUUCGUCCUGUGGUCGGGAAUCAACCCUGCCUGGAAUGCAGGAAAGACCUUCAGAAGGCGGAUCUUUUUGGAAGAGCUUGGGAAGGCUCUGGUGUCCCCACUGAUUCAGAGAAGGAAGAGUGUUCCCCGUGGAGCAGCCUCUCUGAGGAUGCUGAAUCAGAUCAGAGGACAACCCUCCUCAGAAAGCAUCCCUAGCACAUCAACAGCAACUCCUCCAACAAAAAGAAAAAGGUGCCAUGUCUGCACUUCCAACAGGAAGAAAACCAGCACUGUAUGUCCAAAAUGCAGAGAAUAUAUCUGCAAAGAACAUUCAGUUACAAUUACCACCUGCCACAAGUGCAUGUAAAUAAUGUAAAUAAUGUAAAUAACUAUUACUGUUUGUUCUUACCUGUUUGUUUGUUCUUUCCUGUUCUUAGCUAACACUUAUUUAGUUGUUGUUA